CUUUGGCUCUGCGACCGUCACAUCAGGGUGCAUUUUUGCUUCGCAGCCGAACACCGGCAGGCCCUGACAGUGAUGGCGGGUCAGGUUCUGCUCGCCAUUUUCUUCUCCUUGUGCCUGUCUGCUUCAGGCCAAGCUGCAGUAGGAACUUAUGUGACUGCAGAUGACAUCCGGAUGGCCAACGAUGCGGCAUUGAAAGCCGAAGCUGCCUGUGUGAGCGGGUCAUCAAUGACCAUAGAUGAUUAUGAUACCGCCCGGGCGCAAUUAGUCGAUGCCUCCGCGAACAACAUUCUGCGAACGAUCAUGACGGAAGCCGCUACCCAAGAGGAGAUGACAACUUUGGUCACAGAGAGGUUGCCCUCCGCAAUGAUUGGGGCUGCGGCACCACUGAUCAUGUUCUUCAUCCUCCUUAUCUUCUAUACCUUCUGCUGCUGUUGGACAGCUUGCCCAUUUUGCAAGUGCUGCCGUUGUUGCGCGAGGCUUAGACAGAUUCCGUUCCUGGCCAAGUUGCUUUUUUUGCUGAUGAUUGGUGGCUUUGUGUUGGCCCUUGUCAUCGUGAGUAGCCUUUCAACAAGAGGCUAUGCAAAGGCCACAGAAGGAUUUGAUGUAACGAACUGUGCUGCUGCCAAGAUGGUGAAUGCUACCUUCCAGGGUCAAGCAGAUCCCUACUUCUUGGGAUUGAUUCCAGUCUUGACGAUUUUUGACGAGCUGCAAGGAAGUUUGGCAGCCGGGUCAACCUUCAUAACAUCGCUCACUGGCAUCCUGGACAACACCAAAGAGAUCACUGACGCCGUGGCAGUCGCAAAAGCCAACGUUGACUUAUUGGCCAACAUGUUGGCCGAUUCAUCGAACAUUGAACCAACUGGCACGCUGCAUGAGUGUAUUGGUUGUGCCGCUCUUUCAACAACUCUCGCCCAGGUUGGCACUGCCUUGACAACUGGUACAGCUCAAGCUCUAAGCAGUGCUCGAGUUGAAGUAAAUAACCAGUUGUCCGGAAGCUCGCUGGAGAAUUUGCGAAGUUCCAUGGGAAUUGCUACGGCUCCCUUGGUGGAGCUGAAGACCACCGUGAAGAACGCGUUCGAACCCUUUGUCAGCGAUACGAUUAUGGAACAAAUUUCGGAUCAGCUGGCAGCCAACGGGACAGUUGCCAGCGUCUUCAUGAUUGGCUUGGCAUUGGUUCUGGCAGCAUGUGCGAUGAUCUCCAUUAUCAUGUGGAUGUGCCAAGAAAAGUCCAGUUCCGAUCGUGGUCAACCAGUGUACUACAAGAGAGUUCACCGCUGUGCCUGUUGUACCUGGUGCUGUGGCUGCUACUACACCAUGCUGGCCUUCUUUUUGGGUGGCUUGUUAACGAUACUGGCAGUCCCUUUGUCAUCCUUCUGUCUGAUCCUGGAAGACAUUUCCAGUGACCUGCUGCACUCCAUUGCAGCGCCCAUGAACCUGAACCUGACUGGUCCAGAGGGUGAUAUGAUGGGAUCCAUGAUAGAUCAGUGUAUUGGCAAUGCGACCGGAAAUCCACGGCUCUUGGAUCUUAUCUCUGUCCCAGAUGCCAAUGGAAAUACGGUGACCAUGUACGACUUGCUGGUGGGUCAAACCAAGGACCAAAUCGCGUCACAAUUUGAUCAGAUCGGCACCAGCAUGAACACGGGUGGUGCCAGUAUCGCUACAUCUGACGACUUUGUUUUGCUGAAAAACAUGUUGUCGACUAUUGCACUAGAUACCAUGAUGUUGCCCAAAUCAUCUUAUGAUUGGGCUGGGGAUGCCAAUUACCAGGACAUGCUUGCAAACUCCGACAUGGCACCUUACAUUGCAUCUACAGCCGCGUGUGCAGAUAACGUUGUGCCCACCGGUUUUGGAUUGACUGGCGAGGGAACUACCCAGAAGGGAAUCACGAGCUUCCUUUCCACGCUGAGUCCUACCUACGCAGCCAGUACAAUAUCAAGAUCAAAUUGUGCCUCUGACUUUACAUGCAAGACUUCUGCACAGCUUGGCGCAACGGACUACGCUGCCUGUGAAGCUGCGAAGAAGUUUAUGGACCUGAAAUUUGCCAUCAGAUCUCAGACGAUUUUCAAGUGCCGGCGCUUUACCGUGAGCUCUGUGCCAUGCACUGUUCAGUUCAUGGCGCAAGUUGGUGGGACUUGGACAGGUGACUGCAAGGAGGCUGAUGGCACCUUCACUGAGGUGACUUAUGACUGUAUCCGCCUCAGCUGCAGGAUCAAUGACACAGCUGCGAUGAAAAGCUUCAGCCGAGGCGACCUGCCAACGUUUGUCGCCCUCGUGCAGGCCUACAGCGGCCUCCUGGAUUUGGUCUUUGCACGAGUGGAUUCGUCAACGAGCAGUGCUUUGUCGCAGAUCCAGGUGAAUCUCAAGAACCUGUUGGAUGUGAACUUCCUGGACAAGAUCGCAACGGUUGGCAACGGAGUGACCUGUGGCUUCAUGGGGACGACGUAUCGGGAUGUCGUGAACGGAUUGUGCUACGGAGGAGUCUGGGGCAUCAAGGCUGUGGCCAGCUCGUAUACGGCCUGUGCUGUUCUGACCCUGUUCCUUGCUUCUGGAAAGUGGUGA